ACGUGCGCGUUUUUUAUGCGUCACUCAUCCGCGACGCUCCUCAAGCAAAAUUGCCUGUUUGGAGUGAAGAGACGGUCUGGAAAAAGCGGGCUUGGGGGAGCGUUUAAAUCAGGCAGAACCACCCGCUGCCCCUGUUACCAAAGCUGCUUCUGGAGCAGUGAAGUGUCUUCAUGGCAGUUCGUAGAGGACACAUUCAGUACUUGAAUGAGGCCUUCGAUAUGUCCAACGGUUACGACAUGCCGGGCGAAGAAGCCAAGAACGCCAAUACCAACCUGAUCGUCAACUACCUGCCGCAGGGCAUGUCGCAGGAUGACCUGCGCAACCUCUUCAGCAGCGUCGGCGAGGUGGAGUCGGCCAAGCUGAUUCGAGACAAAGUUGGAGGCCACAGUUUAGGGUAUGGAUUUGUUAACUAUGUUAACCCUAGUGAUGCAGAAAGAGCUAUCGAAUCACUGAACGGACUAAGGCUACAUUCCAAAACUAUCAAGGUGUCGUACGCGCGGCCCAGCUCCGACACCAUCAAGGAUGCCAACCUCUACAUCACCAACCUGCCCAAGUCCAUGAUGCAGAAGGACGUGGAGGAAAUGUUCUCGCGCUACGGCCGCAUCAUAAACUCACGCGUGCUCGUCGACCAGUCCACAGGUAUGACGCCGGCGUCCGAGCGCCGCGAGCGCCGGCGUCCGAGCGCCGCGAGCGCCGCCGGCUCACCCCUCCGUCUCUCCCCGAACGCAGGCAUGUCUCGAGGCAAGGCCUUCAUCCGCUUUGACAAGCGCUCUGAGGCCGAGGAGGCGGCCAAGAACAUUAACGGCCACAAGCCGCCCGGGGCCGCUGAGCCCAUUUCGGUGCGCUUCGCCGCCGACCCAAACAUGAUGAAGAACACGCAGAUCAUCUCCCAGCUCUACCACAACCAGUCCAGACGCUUCGCCGGGCCCAUGCACCACCAGGCGCAGCGAUUCAGGUUCUCCCCUAUGGGCGUGGACCACAUGAACAGCAUGAGCGGCGUGGGCGUGCCGGGCAACCCGGCCUCGGGCUGGUGCAUCUUCAUCUACAACCUCGGCCAGGACGCCGACGAGAGCGUCCUCUGGCAGAUGUUCGGCCCCUUCGGCGCCGUCACCAACGUCAAGGUCAUCCGCGACUUCAACACCAACAAGUGCAAGGGCUUCGGCUUCGUCACCAUGACCAACUACGAGGAGGCGGCCAUGGCCAUCGCCAGCCUGAACGGCUACCGGCUGGGCGACAAGACCUUGCAGGUGUCCUUCAAGACCAGCAAGGGCCACAAGUAGAGGUCAGAGGUCAAGGUGUAGAGAAAUGCGGUCCGCUUGAUUUCAUGCUCGUCUAACACUCGACAGCGCACCUGUCGUCUAAAAAAAGAAAGUGUCUCGGAAUUUCUCCGUGUCGCUCGUGGUUGGUUUUCACUUUUAUUCUAGAGCAUGAGACUUUAAUAUCGUUGUUAGUCACCCUAAAAAAAUGCAACGCCCGCUACUUAAACAUGACCGUUUUUUUUUUUUCGCAUUUAAUUUGGUCUCGUCCGUUCAUAUUCGGAGCCGCGUUUUGCUCUGUGCUUUUUUUUUUUCUCGCCGAGACGCAGCCCGCCGUCCCGGAGACAUAGAGGCCUUGAAUUGGAAGUACAUUUACAUCCAGUGAGCGAAAAGCACUUUGAAUUUGUCCUCCCCAAUUGCUCCAAUUCUGAUUGAACAAUCAAAGCCAAGUAUCUUUUUAUUAUUGUGGUUUUUAUUUGUUUGGGAAAUGUUGAGGAGCGAAAUGCGAUGGACCAAACGCAGGCGACGAAUGAGUCAAUUCUUCAAAUGAUGGCUUGCUCCCCCCCCCUCCUUCCCUUCCUCCCCUCAUUGAACAGAGGUACUAAAGAGUUUUAUCGGACUGACUGAACUCAGCAUCGCCCACCCUCUUUUUAGUCCCACUCGUUGUUUCAUCAUAACUCAAGCAAACUUUUCUUGUGAUUUUUAAUUCCUUUUUAGCAGAGGUAGUUUUUUUUUUUUUGUUUGGUUUUCGUUGUUUUAACAAGUGCUCAUCUCAAGUUUGAAGUGAAACAAAUGGCCUUUGUUGGUUCGUCCACUUUUGUUUGUUGUUUCCCUUUUCAAUUCAAACCAUUAAAUUUACUUUUGUUUUGCGAAA